UGGUUUCCAUGGUUUCAGAAAACAAUAUGGCCGCUCCCAGCUGGGACGUGAGUCUCUGGAUUAGGCAGGCAGAGGCAGUUACGGGCUUCUGCAGUGGCAAGAAAGGAAGCGCCUGAAGGGUCGUGAGGCUGGGGCUGGACCCAGCACCGCUGGGGCGGCCAGGCCUUGAGGACGCCAAUGGCGAGCAGCGUGGACGAGGAGGCGCUGCACCAGCUGUACCUGUGGGUAGACAACAUACCUCUGUCCCGGCCCAAGCGAAACCUCUCCCGGGACUUUAGUGAUGGAGUCCUAGUUGCAGAGGUCAUCAAGUUUUACUUCCCCAAGAUGGUGGAGAUGCACAAUUAUGUCCCCGCCAACUCUCUCCAGCAGAAACUCAGCAACUGGGGUCAUCUGAACAGGAAGGUGCUGAAGAGGCUGAACUUUUCAGUACCGGAUGACGUGAUGCGCAAGAUCGCAGAGUGCGCCCCAGGUGUGGUGGAGCUGGUGCUUAUACCGCUGAGGCAGCGCCUGGAGGAGAGGCAGAGGCGCAGGAAGCAGGGCACUGGCUCCUUACAGGAGCUGGCUCCCCAGGAUGGCAGUGGCUACAUGGAUGUGGGUUUAUCCCAGAAGGCCCGAGGUGAAGGUGUCCUGGACCCCCAGGGAGAGGGUCAGCUCAGCGGGGUACGGCCGCCUCGGCCUCCGGCGUAUAACCAGGCGUUGCAGGGCGACCCGAGCUUCGUCCUCCAGAUCGCUGAAAAGGAGCAGGAGCUGUUGGCCUCGCAGGAGACCGUGCAGGUCCUGCAGAUGAAGGUAAGGCGCCUGGAGCACCUGCUCCAGCUCAAGAACGUGCGGAUCGAAGACCUCUCCCGGCGGCUCCAGCAGGCAGAGCGGAAGCAGCGGUGAGCGGCUGCCCGGGCCGCGCGGGGACGCUCCGGUACCCGCCAGAGCCCCGACUCCGCGCCCGACCCGCCCACCGAUGGACAGACCACUGGGAGGGCGGAGCCCGCUGCUCUCAGGAGCCUCUUGGGGCCCGAGUGCCCUCCUUCCUUGGGAUGGGUGAGCGUGGGAGGAGGUGGGACAGGAACUCUGGGAGCGGAGGCCCGGGACUGAGCCGCCUCCUCCCACUCCAUCCGGGUCAGGAGAAUGGACCGCUUUCCAGAGCCCAGAAGCCACGUGCAGAGACCUAGCCUGCCCCCCAAAGCUGUGUCCAACACCUCGGGCCCGGCCUUACAGCCCCCCGCGCUGGGCCUUGGGGGGCGGUCCCCUGGCUCUGUCCACACCCCCAGAAUCAGGUACCCGCGCAGCUCCGAGGACGGCUGCGUCUCCACCCGGGCUAGUUCCCCAUGCCCUCAGCCAUGGGGGAAUCUGCCCUGGGUCGCUGAGGGGCUCCCCUGCCCCUCCUGGGAGCUUACCUGGGACCCACCUCGGCGAUGGAGACCGCAGCAGCUGGAGAGGAAAGGGUGAGGAGUGGGAUCGCCAGGAGAAGGGAGGACAUCAACAAUGUGCCUGUAGCAGUCGCCCCUCCCUCCUCCCACACGGAGUACUGAGGGGGAAGGUUUGAAGGAUAAGGCUCAGGGCUGCCCCAUUAAAGUUAGUGUUCUGUUCCA